AUGAGAAUUCAACUAAAUGUUUACAAUAGUCGUGAAGCUUUAGCUCAACAGUUCCGACCUUGCUCCAUAACUGAAAUUGCCAUAGCAAUUUCUUUCAUAUCAAAAUUUCUUCCACGCUCGGUAGGAUCGUGGAUGAUACGGUUCAUGUUGCUAAUGAGUUCAUUCCCUACAGGCAUUUCAAAUGCUUUUAGAGCAGGGAAAUAUUUAUUUUCAGGAAAGCUGUUUGAGUCAGUUCAAGCUGCACAAGAUUGGCAUCGCGUCAACGGACAAAAAUGUGGAAAGGUCAAUGUGGAAAGUUAUUUUAAACCGAAAGGUUCUCUUGAUGAGGAAGAAUCUUAA